AUGUGUGGCAAGAAGUGGUGGGAGAAUCAUAAUUUGGAGUCGGAGGUCGGAAUGAUACCCGUCUACGCUAUGCCUUACUGGGCAAAAACCCAUGCCAAGACUGCUCAAGUCAAGCCUUUGCAUCGCCCCUUCGAUUGCAGAUCCCUGAAGCCCGACGUGGGUGGCAUUGAGAACAAAAUUUGCGCGCGAUGA